UAGCUCCUCCUAGUAGGCGGGCUGUGCCCGGUAGAGGGAGGAUGGAGCGGAGGGUGGUGGAGGGGGAGCGGGGUGCCCGCUGUGAGAUGGCCGCCCUCCUCCAGGCCCUGGCCGUGCUCUGUGCCAGCCUCGCCCUGUCCGACCCGGGCUGGCUGCUGCUGAGCGUGGACGGAGAUCAGCUGGUGUACGGAGCGUCCUACAUCCUCCACAAUGGCUUCAACUUCACCGAGACUGGUACACACCAGCUUCUCCAUAAAACCGGACUUUAUAUCCUGGCACUGAUAGCACUUUGCUGCUACAUCAAUAUCCUCUUCGGAUCCUUCGCCUUCAUGCUGGACUUUGUCAGGGUUCGGAUUAAUAUCUCCACAAUCCUGCACUUUAUUACAGUUGUCUCAUCGGCAGCCUCCGUGGCUCUCUGCUCCUACCUUUAUGUGUUGCUCCGUGAUGAAGUCCACUUCCAGGUCAUGAAGCCCCCAGCAAACUACGUGAAGAUGGGAGACAGUUUCUACUUUGCCAUCUCUACCUUCCUGGCUGCUGUCUGUGCAACUCUUCUUAGUUGUUGUGCAAGGAAGUACCGAAGAGACUAUUGCACGGAAAACCCGAUCUCAGGCACUGACGUUACCACUCCCCUUCUACAGGACUGUGAGAGCCCGGGUACCCCAGGGGAGUAUGGGUAAUACGUAGGACCCCGCUUCAUGGGCAGCCUAGGGGCCCCAGGUGGGGGAAACGGAAGCUGUCAGGAUUUGCAGCCGCUCGGCCGAUGGCUGACUUAUACUGUGCAAUCUAGCGUAGGACCAAAUAUUUAUAUUGAAGGAAACCUUUUAUGAGCAAAUCAAAUACAAAGAUCCCCGCACUGUAUAACGGGCGCUCUUCAGUGCCAUCAUUUAUCGGUAACUUUCCUGUCCGCUAGCUUAAAGAGUAAAUCCCUCUUUUGUUCUGAAAAACAAUCCUCUCUGGGUGAUCAAUGUACAUUGCAGGGAAUUCAACAAACUUUGUAACCGA